UCCUGUUCUUCUCGGUGAAAACAAAGCAAUGGCGCAUUACCGCUACCAACCGAUCUUCUCCCUGCACAGAUGUUGGGAAUAAACCAGCUGGUUGCAACAUGCUGGACUUGCCUUCUGCUCUCUGCUUUCCUGUGUGAGCCCACGCUGGCCAAGGGCGGUCGUGGAGGUUCCCGGGGCUCCUCUCGAGGCUCCCACUCGCGCAGCCCCACGGGGGGGAGUUACCGAGGAGGAGGUGCCUAUGGUGGAACGCGCUCUCGCUUCAGGUCAGCGGGGCGAACAUCCCCGGUGAAGGUGGCAAGUGCUGCAGCAGCAGGGGCAGCAGUGGCGCUAACUGCGGAUAAAUGGUACGCGUCUGCCUACCGCCGCAGCAAUGCCGACAGCUCAGAGGACGGACUGGAUUAUUACAACAGGACCAAUUACUUUGAUGCACUGAUGUCGGGUUCAGCCCAUAUGGGAUCUUCUCUGUCUCAGCUGGUUGCCAUCAUCUUUGCAACAUUUUCACCCAUAUAUGAGCUCUUCUUGGACUGUACACUGUAGAUUUCUUUUAAAUUAUUUAUGAUACAUUUCUGAUUCAGUUUAGGCCUGAGCUUCUCUGGAUCUGACUAUGAUGUGCAGCAGGACUGACUGGCAUCUGCAUGGGGGGGACCAGCUAGAGGUGCAGCCCAGUGGUGAAGUGACAGGAAAACAAAAAAAACAUCACUGUACUGUACUGUUUUUACACAUCUAAUCCUCUAUACAAACAUGCAUAACCAGCACAUUACCAGUCAUUGUGACAUUGUUUCACCUUUUGAAGAGUGCACUUUAUAACUAACACUUCUGUGUUAUACUGGGGCCAAACUCUAAGAGUAAUCAGAUUUGUUUCCUUCACUAAAUCUUGAUUCCUCCAUCUAAUUAAUAUAUUUUUGAUGAAAAGCAAACAAACAGAAGCAAUGGCCUAACUGCUGGCCAUCGAAACAGUGUGAGUGCCAUCACUACUCUGACCGACUAAAAGAAAGUUUUUAUUUGUCAUUUUGAUUCUAAAAAUAAACCUGGACUCAUUGCAGUUUAACUGCAGUAUUCUCUGGUGAACUGAGUGAAAGAACCAGCAUUUAAACUGAUGCGUGUAAUUUUAACAUUUUGCUUUUCAAAAAAUUCAAAUUUUAAAUUGUUUUAUUCCUUUCUACAAAAUCUCAGCUCAGUUAUAUGACUGAUUUUUGUUAGCAGACUAAGAGCAGUAUGUCCUCUAUCAUAAGAAUUUAUUGUGCAAUUUACAUCCUUUUUAUACUGUAAUUUUGCUAAAAUGUUCUCAACUCACUUCUUAAGACUUAAUUGCUGCUCUCACUGUUGCCAGUCCAUUGUCCAAGAAGAACUUUUUACCUGCUGUAGAAACUCAGGAGCAACCGACUGUUCCAUAUCUAUCUAAGUGCACUCACACUAUGUACACAGUAUGUUAAUACUAACAUGUUUGUUAUCACUGUCUUUAUGAUAAUAAAUAGUUGUCAGAUA